AUGUACCGGGACCUUGUGAACAUGGAGCGAAAGCUAGAUUGGACUAUCACUCGCAAAAGGACAGAGGUGCAGGAUACGCUGAGCAGACCGAUGACGACCACACGGACGCUGCGGGUGUUCCUGAGCUAUACUGUGUCCGGUCAGCCAUGGCAGCAGACUGAGGGCGGCCAGUCAGUGCAGGUGAACGUUGAGACUGGCGAAGGUGUCCCUGCAUGGCAGCUGAAGAUUGAAGGUCGGCUGUUGGAGCUGCCAAACCAACGAUCAAAAGACCGCGUGCCGCCACGUAAGUUCUCUACAUUCGUCAAGCACGUGGUUGUCGAGCUGGAGAGAGAUCCUGCACAAUACCCUGACAGCAAUGUUGUUGAGUGGGUGCGGAAUUCAGCACAAAAUAUCCCACCACUCGACGGAUUUGCUGUACGAAGGCGAGGGGACGUGCCUUUGAAGAUCCGGGUGAUCAUACACCUUGAACAACAACCUGAGGUGUUCAGGGUUCAUCCAGACUUAGGAAAUAUCUUGGGUAUCAAGGAGGACACUCGGGUGGGUAUCGUUCAAGCACUGUGGAACUACAUCAAGCUGCAAGACCUCCAAGACAAGGUCGACAGACGGCUCAUACGUGCCGACGCCCAGUUACGAGGUAUAUUCGGCGCAGAUGCCAUCCAAUUUCAGCAAAUACCUGAGCGCGUUAACCGAUUCCUCGGUAAGGCCGACCCAAUAGUUCUGCAUCACACAAUCGACCCGACGAUACCCCCACCGGAGAAGCCUAUAGCAUAUGACAUUGAGGUCAAGAUGGACGAUACGGCGAUGAAGAGCCGCAUCAGUCAUGUCUCCGUGAACAUGGCCUCGGAGAGCGCAAAGGAAUUGACCAGGAUCGACGAUGAGAUCGCCACGCACAUGCAGUCCCUCCAAAACUCUCAUCUGAAGCGCUCUUUCCUCAAGUCCUUCGCGGACAAGCCACAAGAAUUCAUCCAAACGUGGCUGGAGUCGCAAUCUCGGGAUCUGGAGACCAUCCUCGGCAGUGGUCCGAGUGAAGGUGCAACAGUCCGGCAAGAUGACUUGCGCCGUAGUGAAUAUUUCCGCUUGCCGUGGGUCGAGGAGGCCGUAGCAGUCCAGGAGGGCUUGCGGCUCGCUGCGAAAGCGAACCCUGCUUUGGGAUAA